AUGUCUAGUGCCAUAGGUAAGUCCUUCUUCAAGCAUAUUAUCAAUUGUCUUGGGGAGCUGACCUCCGACCACCUUCCCCGCGGGACUCACACUAUGGUCACCACCCUGGUUGCCAAUAUGAUUGAAAAUACAGAGUACAACGGUAGAGAUGUGACGGUAAUGAUUUUGUAUGCUCUUUGUCUUUUGGAUAAGCUUGCGCGCCUCGGUUAUAAACUUACUGGGUCCACCAUCAAUCUCCUUUUCCAAACAGCUGUCAUCGUUUCAUCUGAAUUUUUGGAUGACGAGCCGUACGAUGUACAUCUUUGGGUAAAUAUAUUUGUCAGUGGAGUCACGGACGCCACUAUUAGAACCCUGAAAAACAGUUUUCUUGACCACCUGGGCUGGGACGUCCAAGUUUCGAGCAAGGACUUCAAAAACAGAUGCCCCCCGGGAUUUCAGUUUCAAACUGCGUGCUGA